AUGGCAGCGUCGUCGUCAUGUAGCUGGACUGCCCUAUCAACAGACAUCUACGUCAAGAUCUUCUCGCAACUGAGCCCUCACGACACCCCCCGGUGUGCCUUGGUGUGCUCGUACUGGAAGAACGCGGCGAAUGAGGAUAGCCUGUGGAGGGGCUUCUGCGGCAGCCACUCUCCUCCGUUCGUCUGGCGGGGGGAACCAGAGAGGACUGCUCUGACAACGUGGAAGAACCUCUUCAAGGCGAGGGACACUUGCUUCAGCGACAGAGUAGGGAAGAAGAGGGCGAUCUCAUUGCCGCUGAGAAUGCAGGGAGGAUACGUCAGGUGCAUGGUGGUGGAAGAACCCUUCCUGGUGUGUGGGAGCGAGAAUGGAAUGGUGACGUUGUUCUCAUACGAGAAGCUCCGAGCAAGUUUCGAUGGUAUGAAGGAGUGCAAGCCUCUGUGUGUGAUCAAGGAGCAAUCGCAAUGGGUGUACUCUGUUUGUGCUCAGAUCAAGGAGGGGAAUUCAUCUCACCCAUCCAUCCUGAUUGCCAGUGGGAGCAGAGAUAUGACAGCUCAGUUGUACGAGGUGUCAACCAAGGACGGUGUCAAGUACAAGCACGAGAUUCUGAAUGUCUUUCAUGGUCACAAGGACUGGAUUGCACAUGUGUCUUGGACUCAUGACAGGAAUGCACUGAUCAGCGCUGGAAACGAUGGGAUGCUGUUUGUUUGGGACUUCACCAAGAAGAAGGAGAGAGGGAUGGUGCAAGUCGAGACUGGCAUCUGGCAGAAGGAAGAUGAGAUUGUCCUGAGCAAAGCCAACGACACCGUUGAAAUUGUGAAUUAUGUGAAGUUUGAAAGAGUCCGUAGGAUCCAGUUCGGAGAUGAGUUGGACUUUAGAACCUACGGCUGCUUUGUUUCGUUUGUCCUGCCUUCGAUGGUGCUAGCGGGGAUAAACAAUUCCGUUGUUGCCAUGAAUGCGGCUGGGGAGGAGUUGUAUAAAGUGUCGGGGAUGGAGACAUGGCUGUUGAGAAUCUCAGAAGACGGACAGCGGCAGCUUGGUCACCCCGCCGAUGUCGAUGCCGAUAUCGGAGAGGCGACAGAGUUACGAGCUGUCAGAGGUAGUGUGGAGAUGUUCGACCUGCUGCGGCUGAGCUGUAGGACCAGGAGGAAACUGCCCCCCUCUAUGUGUUUCAUCAAUUCUCGUGCGGCUGCUUCUGGUGGGACGAGAAGGUAA